AAUGUGCGAGCGGCGAUGAAGAAGGAAGGGUUCGGCCCUCGGCUACCGUAGCCUGGUCCUUCACCUCCCACGAGCAACUCUCCUUCUCCGGCAAGCUUUUACCGAAACGAACGAAGGAGCCGUGCAACGGGUAUCCAUACUCUCAGCGGCAGCGAGACCGCGACGUAUAUACUCACCGCCGUAUCCGCCCCUGUGGUCACUUCUGGAAACUUCUGUCUCGCCAGCCAAGUGGUGCCGCCGUUCCAGAACUCCAGCAACUGAAGUACUUGGCCCUCGGCAACGCUUCUGGUCGAUUCCAACGCGUCCCGGGACGGUGGGCUGUCGGCGCCGUUUCGACUCCCGCGAGAAGCGAAUCCGCUGGAAGCAAGCUCGGCCGACUGAAGCUUCACGUGCCUUCCGAUCUCGUUGCGUGAUCCCGACCGCGCGCGGACCUCGGCGUGCGUGCGUGUGUGUUCGUGAGUGCCUCGUUCUCUCAGACAAGAGCGUCCUCGAGCGAAGACGUGAGGGAGAGAAACGAGAGAGUGAAAGAGAGCGUGCGUGUGUGUGUCGUGGCGCGCGCUCGUCGAACGCUCACGAGUGAAAGAAGGCGGCUAGUUUUCUUUUUCUUUCCCCCUUCGGUCGAGCCGCGGUAGCGGCGGCGCAUCAUCAAUGGAAUUCGGCGCCGAUUGUGGUGGUGGUGGUGUUGUCGGUCGGGGACGUCGCUGGCCCCGAUGACCUUCCGUGCGGCCCGCAUGACGACGACGACUAGGAUCAUCCCGUCGUGGACGCGUUGACCUCGGCAACGUUUCUUGUUGUGCCGCCGCUGCGGCUCUGUUGGCAUCGAGUGGAGCCGCCCGAAAUGUCGCAGCAGACGACCACCCGGACGAAGAAAGGGAGCGGGGGUGGAGCAGCCGUGUCCCCUCCGCCAGGCGGCGUCGUCGGCGCAGACGCACGGCGCCGGGGCAAGUGCAAGUGGUUCAACGUUGCCAAAGGCUGGGGCUUCAUCACCCCGUACGACGGCGGCCCCGACGUGUUCGUCCACCAGUCGGUGAUCCAGAUGUCCGGCUUCAGGAGCCUGGGCGACGACGAAGAGGUCGAGUUCGAGUGCAAGGCCUCGGACAAGGGCGUCGAGGCCACGGCCGUGUCGGGACCCGAAGGUGGCGACUGCAAGGGGUCCCACCGGAGGCCCAUGUCCAAGAAGCGGUUCCGAAAGAUCAGGUGCUACAACUGCGGUGAGUUCGCCAACCACAUCGCGGCCAAGUGCACCAUGGGCCCGCAGCCCAAGCGCUGCCACCAGUGCAAGUCGGCCGACCACCUGAUCGCCGACUGCCCGCAGCGCGAGGACAAGCGCGCCAAGGGAGGCGCCGUCGAGUCCGCGACGACGACGCCGCACCCGAGCACCAACGGCGACAGCAGUCUUCCAGAGGAGCCCAUCGACAACGCCGCGGCGGGGGCCGACGAGGCGGCCGAGAACAACAACAACAACAACAAUGGCGACGCCGCGCCCCUCGCCAAACACGCCGAGGCGUAGAAAGAGGCCCCUCGCACUGUCUCUCUCUGUCUCUCUCUCUCUCCCUCUUUAUUUGUUCCCGCUUUUUUGCGGGCCCGUACACACACACACACACCGAGGCGGCACCUCUUUAAGAUUCUAAAGUCCCAGCGCUGCGGGUUACGUGAUGCUCGCGAAAACUCGCCGCGGCGGACUGGAGAGUGUGAAAGCAACGUGUAUAGAGAGGUUGGGUCUCGUUGAGGAAAAGCCGUAGAAACAGCGGACACUAAUUAGUGUACGCCCUGCGCACGAUAGAAGCUCAAGCAGUGCUUUGGUCUUUGGGCAUGUGCAGCACCGGUUACGACGCCUAUUCAUCGAGUGCGCGCUAGACGACUUGCGUCCGAUGUUUCUACAAGCUCUCCAUUUUUCGCGUAACCUGUCACCAAUGCGUGAGCUUUAAGGCACCGUCAGCGCAGAUCUAUAUGUACCUCAUGGGGUAUUGUUUCUGAUGGUACGGCAGGCGAGCUGCUCUUUGUUUCUGUCGCGUCGACAGCUACGCAUCCUCGCAGAAAGAUCACUCACGCUCGAAACUCGGGGUUACUUGCACGAGACAGUGGCCGCGAGAAAGUUCAAACGGCUGAUUGUAAUUUUCGGUUACUACAUAGAAACUGCCGGGACUGGUGGAGGCCCAGAUUGGGAGCUUGAUGAGUACAUUGAAAGUAUGUACAGAAAGGCAAGUAGUCGCUUUUGGCUACCCUGCCCGAGGAGGGGAGGGGGUAAGGGGGUUAUCGUUCAAGUAUGCCUUGGAAAAAUCAACGUUGCCCGAACAGAUCCGUGUAGCUGAAUGGCGGCCAAUUUUUCACCUUGUAGACUAUCAUUCGAACCUUCAACACGUGACACUUCAUCCAACUUUGCCAGGUAGGCUCUGAAAACCGCGCAGUAUGCUGAUAAUUUGGUUACGCAGGAGUGAGCGUUCGUGCCAACUUUAGCUCAAUUUUCCGUAAUUCUCGCGCGGCUGGAAUGCGUCUACUCCGCUUGUGCCCAGUGGGAGUGAACGUACUCCAUUGAGAGGCGCGACGACUGUCGAAGAUUAGUUAGAUGUUCGAGGAGCAGUGCAACCUCGCAAAAGAGAAUGGCUCGCCUUCUCUUUUUCGUGCAGUAAGCCAACCAACUGCCGCGCUAAACUUAUCUGGGCAAGCGAAUGAAACCAUUUCCCUUUAAUGGCGAACAAAAUCUGGAGAAAGCAGACGGAGAGGGACCGCAGCGAAGUGUCAGCGUUAGUUGAUGUCGCCAGUUUUGCUAUCUCGUAGCCUGGCAAGCGUUCAGGAGCCUUGGCCCCACGAAUGUGUGACCGACCACCAACGCAAUUGGAGAAAGAGAAAGCAAAGGAACCGCCUUCAUACGUGCACAAUCAAAACAACGACCUUGUUAAGUGAUCCAUGGAUACUCGUUCGCAGAAGCACCGUUUUAAACCACUCAAUGAGACAGAGUGCCCGAGAACCGCGCAUAAGGCAGCUCGACGUAUCCAAAGCAGCCGCAACUACACCAGCGUUACUGCAUAGUGCUCUGGCAUUUUCAUAAGAGUAGAAUACACGUCGAUCAUUAAUAGGACGAACGCUGAAAUUGCUUAGGAAACACCUGGUUGUUAGCGCGACUCGAAAAUACAAAAGGUGUAUACAGAGAAUGAUUAUCUUGUAAAGCUGAGUUGGACCGGGUAGUCGAAUGGAUCAGACCAUUCCAAUGGUGUCUCUACACACACCUACUUUGAGCAUCUGUUGGUAUACCGUACUUAAGAGGUAUGUGCAAACAAGGCAUGCAAGGCAGUUUCUUACGUGGUCUUUCUGUACCUUCGAUAGCUCUGAGAGGACUUAACGUGAGCGCAGUUGUGUACGAGGUAAUCAUCCGGGCUCCUGCACGCGACCAUCGUGAUGGCGCUUGCCGUCGAAGUGGUCACGUGGCACAGGAUUCGUAGUGCCUGUCAGUGCAUUUUCGCUCCAACAUAUCACUACCAGGGCAUUCUAUCUGGAUCACACGGGGACAUGCUGCUUUGGUAUAUACACAGUGGAGAGCGACACGAUUAUCAUAAGUGUUGCAGGCCUAUAGAUAGCAAUCAGCAAGGUGCUCGAAGAGCACGCUUUGGUUCCCACCCCGGUACGUUUAACACGCUGAUUGGUAGACGGGAUGUUUUCUCAACCUUGCUUCCAUAGUUUAAAGACAAAAAUAUAGGGAACGAGGGCUAUCUUUAAGUAGCCUUUUUUGUAUUUCCAAAUUUAGCAAUCAUUUAAUUCAAUAUUUGCUCGCAGGAAUAGCGAGCUCUUUAUCAGAACAGUCUUUAAGAUUCGCUGCUACCUGACUUGUGCAUAUUCGCACGUGUAGACCUUGCUGUGCCAAAAAAAAAAGAAAUCAAUUGAGUGUAUGCUGGCGAAAAUUAGAUUUCGAGUCAUUUCGUAUAGCUACAAAAAGCGGACAUAAAUCUGUCGUUGAAUGCAAUGCGGGCUGGCUUUUCCCAAAAACAGCGUUUCCCGAAAGUUGUCCUUGCAAAUGAGCGUGCAAGGAAACCCACGUGUUAGAAGAAAAAGAUAAACUGAAAACGAAUGCUUCGCCGAGACGUUUCCAUUUAAGAUGAUGGGCUUACUUCCUAUCACGAGACGCCCUCAAUAAGAUGCCAAUCUUCCGGGUAAUUCAAUCGCGCCUUGUGUGCAUAUGUCGCGCUGACUGCGCCGGUAAAUUGUACAGACUAUAUACAAAACCUUGUUGCGUGGUGACCACAGCUGUGUAAGACCCGUUCUGAGGCCGUUCUUUCAUUUUUCUUUUUUUUUCGUUGACUCGACGAGGUUGUUGCUUUCUUCUCCCGAGCCGUUGUGUGUGCGGUGGCGUGCAAAAGAGAACAACACUUAAUUUUGUGUGCGUGUGCGUGUGUGCGCGUACAUGGCGUGAUGAUGCGCGUUGUGGGCGUAUAGUAACGAUCCCAAAGAAGUCUAUAAUUGUGGUCUAGAGACGACCCUCCGUGUUAAGGCUUCAACCGAGCGAAGCCGGUUUCGCCUUCUUCAUUAAUGCCUUAAAGGGACAUUAUUGAGAUACAUUGAAUCCGUUUAAAAUGUUCUUUUAAAAUAUAUAUCCUGGUUAGUUCGUGGUAUACGUAAGAGGUUGAUUAGUAUUAGAGAAAAUGAGGGUCAAAUUAUCAUUAUUUGAAUUUCGUGCCAAAAGAAACCCCCGCGUCAAUGAGUAAGUCAGUGUGACGUCAUACAUUUUGAAGUUUACCUGUUCCUUAUUUGGACAGCUGUGGCUCAGUGAUUGUUCUUGAAAUCUGCUAGGUUCAGCAUCUGGCACCUUUGGACUACAAUGCAGUGUAUCGCUGCCAAUAAAAAAAAAAUUAACUACACCCGAGCUGGCGCCGUCAAAAUUCGUGACGUCACCUCGAACUAGUGCGGGAACUGCGAAGUGGCGUCGCCACCAGCGUUUUGUUAAAAAAAUUAUUUUCUUAAUGGAGCUCAAUGUGCUUUUCUCUUCAAUGUCCCUUUACAGUGCAAGUGUACUUGCUUAUCAUUCGACAAGCCUCUUUAAUCUCGUUUUCUUUAUGUGCCUCCUUAGAAAUGUUGUGCGAGUUUUAGGUUUCAUCGCCCUAUAUAGCAUAGCUGGUCUUUCUUUGCGUUCAAUUCUUUGACCGGCUUUGUUGAUGACAAACUGUCCGUUGAAAGUUUAAUAUUGCUUGUUAGUUGAAAUCCUUGACCUCCGGUGAAAAGUGAUAACACGAAGUGAUGUUUGAGUUGAUUUCAGAAGGAAAAAAAAAAUCAAAGUCGAAACUUUGGCCUUGCUUUCUUUACGAAGAAGAGCGCGUUCUGGUUAUUCCGCUUUGGGGUUUGGGGUUGUGUAUACAGCUUUUGCCAACGCAAGCACCUUGCGAAUGAAAUGCUCAAUGAUUCCCCCUCAUUUAUACUGACCAAUCGACUACAACGACCUCUCCAUGUUAGGAUGGGCAUUAUACCCGGCACGUGGUUGGUAUUAUUUCUCAGCCGGAGGCCAAGGAUCAAUCAUUAUAGUUUAGAUUAAGAAUGAAAAAAAAAGGUUUUCUAGUUUGUGUACUCUUAUGUACUGUUCGUUUUCUUUUUUGUUAGAAAAAAAAAGAUAUAUUGUAUGUGCAACUGCCAUGUGACCCUGCCGGUACCGCAUCGCUGGGGCAUUCACACGUACCCAAUCAAACCUGUGAGUGUAUAAUAGAACACCGUUUUUCUGUAGGCGGAAGACAGGUUGUAAAAUUGUUUAUAUGAGAGGACUCCACUGUAUAGGUGUUUCGUCUCGGUCUCUCGCGCGCAGCGCCAUCUGUGUAGAAUGGCGCAAGAAGCGUGCUUGAACGAGACCUUUAUGGGUGGCCAAAACAGGAACAAACUAUAUAUGUAAUACAGAGGGGGUGUCUUACUAACGUUUCGAAAUCUCGACAAAGGGUUCCACCGGCACGAACAUUGCGACGCCGAGCAGCACAAAAGUCUGGGCGAACUUCUCAAGCGUCGUCACCUCAUAUUGGGAUGUGGUACUGCUCUGAAUUCAGUUGCUAUAGAUAAGCUGUGGCAGGGUUCGGUGGCGCCUUAAUCGCUUUAAUAAUACGUUUAGUGUAGCGUUAAAGUUCUAACGUUAGCGUUAGCGCACGAACCAGGUUACAUCUGCGCAUGCGUGUUACGCAUGAGCGAGCGUAUGUGCAGUUGUACUUGGCGAGGGUGGUAACGGUAGCUGUAAGCGGCAGUGCUAUGCUGGAAUUUUUCAGCGAACAGAUUUAGCUUGAAAGUAUACGCGUUUUAGCUUUAUCGUAAUGCCAGGGGCGAAGCCGCGAACAGCUGCAUUUUUGGCAAGACCUUGUGACGUUGCAUUCAGCCAAACCUUAAGCGCAGCUCGUCGUAUUGUGCGAAUAGCUCACUUAUUGGCGUAAAGCUUUCCAACUACUUCCGUUUGUUCGUCAAAGACUUGACAGGAACGAGGGACGAAAAUACCGUUGGUUUAUUUUCCAGAGAUUACCCUGCAACCAAGGAAAGCUUUAGUAAACUCUUCUUGAACACAGCGCCCCACAAGUUAUCUCCAGAAGCACUACCGUUUGCGGGUCCGUCCCUGUAGUAAGGUAAAGCCUGAACCCUGCGUAUAUCUCCAGCGUAAACAUCUGGAAUCCGGAAACGAAAACCAAAAAAACAUACAAGCGAACACAAAUACGUGCUCGCGUUCCAGUUCGUGCCGGUAGAAACCUAGUGAGCGUUUCCUCAAUAAUCGUAGCUUCUCUUCUGGCCUGCUUGGUGGAUAAUUAAGACGUAGAUAUAAUGAUGCAAUGCGCAAAAACUGUUGCAGACUGGGUGCCUUUCGUACAAAUGGACAUUCGAUUUGAGUAAUAUUUGUCCAGAACGCGUACUUGAAGGCAACAGUCAUGACAAUCUGAUGCUCCGUCUUCACACGUUUGGCAUUAUUUAACUUCGCCAAUGCAAGUUGAGCUAGGGACAGCAACAUUAUGCUCCAAAUUAUGCCAGCGAUUCGCUUCACACACCGCACGACACCAUAUUCAAACUUCUUUUUUAUUUUUGUAACGUAACAGAGCAGCUUAAAAAUUUCGAACUCGAACGUUUAUCGGCAACGUAGGCAAGCAGGCCCAAAGAGGAGUAGCGGUCGUCUGUAAUGCUCGGAGUGCGCAAACUGAUAUGUCUUGCGUACACACCCGUUAAUGUGUUAAUUUAUGUAUUUAGAGAUUAAGGGGACAAUGGGCAAUUAGCUGUGAGGACCUUUGCACAAUGUUCGGUUGACAUUUCUAAAGAAAGGAAAAAAUAACGGACGGUCUACUACGCGUCAACGAAAUCAAUUGCAAAGGAAGGCUUGAGCGUGUAUCAUGCUCAGCCGAAGGCUCACAAGGUUAAACAUCAUUGAAAGGAGAAGUGAACAAGUAAAAGCAAAAUGCCCAUAUUUUGUAAAGACGGGCGAAACAAAUCUUUCCCUGCAUUAUGGCGUGUUUUGUAUGCAUUUUUUUCCGAGAAAUAAAGAAAGAUAAAGAGAAAUACUAUA